UCCUCAAAAUGGCUGACAUAGUGAACCGCUAUCUCACACAUCUACAUUCUUUGUCCUCAUCGGAUGUACCUCAGCGUGGUUUAGACGCAAGUAAUACUGUAGUAGAUCUCCGCAGUUUUUGCUUGGAGAACGUAUCCGGCAAGGAAGAAGCUUAUUGUUCUUCACUUUUAUUCAGUGGUGAGACAAGCAUAGUUAACUUUUUGAGGAAAGCCAUCACUUUGGAUGAGUUUCAAGAUGCCAAGAUAGAGCUUUUGAAGUUCCUUCAAUCAUAUGUGAUGAAGAUGGGAAAGAAAAUUAAUCCCUAUGUUGUGGAAAUUAAGGAUGUUUGUCUCAAAAUUUUCUCUCUGGAUCACAGUAAUAAGGCUAAAGCAGAGACACUUCCUCUUAUGGCUGAGAUAUUAGAUGUUAAACUAGAAUUCUCUGUUGUGGAAAAGCUGGAUGUUCCAAAGAUUUUUGAUAAAUAUUUUGGAGCUUGUAUUCAACCAACCAAACACUCAUCUACUGUAAAAUACUGGCUGUUUUCCUUAUUGGGGACCAUUGCAAAAGUAUUUCCUGAGUGCAUGAUCAGCCAUUCAGAUGAUCUUGUUAAGCAUUAUGUCAGUGUCCUAAAUUUAGAGAUGACAAGAAAAACCAAAAAGCCAGAUAUGCUCAUCAUUGCAGGAUGCCUUAGGGGUUUGACAUCCUAUCUUACAAACUUCACACAAUCUAUUUCUGAAGGUUCCAAGUAUGCCAAAGAUAUUUACACCUAUGCAAGAAUGGCAAUCAAUCCACAAGUCAGUCUUAGUCGCUAUGAAGUACCAAAAGCUGGGCUUCACCUGUUUGCUAAACAUGCAGCUCAAUUCAAGGAGUAUAUUUCCAAAGACUAUGAGGUGAUUUAUGAAGAAUUUUACCGUUGGUGCAAGCAUCACAACAAGGAAAUAAGUUAUGCUGCAUAUGCUGCAAUGGAAGCAUUUUUCCAACAGAUUUCCCUCUACUUUGUUGGAAGGCAUGGAGACAAAUCUGACCUAGCCAUGUUCAUGUAUUUCAUCAAGACUUUUCGUGGAAUACUUGAUUCUGUGUCAAGUGAUACGAGGCAGAUGGCAAUUGCUGUAAGAGGUUAUGGUUACCUCUCUAAGCCGUGCAAGUUGUUCAUGCAAGCUGAUGAUGUGAGGUUUAUGCUUGGUGAGAUUAUGCAGAGAAGUGAGCAGUUGUAUUCAGGCCAAGGUGGUCUAUUUGAAGACAGAGUUCAGCACCUUCCCACCUUUUUAGAAGCUUUGUCAUCCAUCAUUGAAGAGCUGGAUGAGAUCUCUGACUCCAUCCUUGCCUCCAUGGAAAGACUAGUUGGAGUUUUGUUCGACAAGUUUGCAAUAUUGAAUACAAGAGGAAAAUUUCUUUGCUGUAAGGCCUUUGUAAGGGUGCUUUUCCACCUCUCAUCCAAAGGUGCAGUUCUCAGGAGUUUUCUUUCAGAAAUAGUUUACCAAGGUCUCAUCAGAACUUGUUCACAUCCAGUUAUUCUGGACGAGGUGAGUGAAGAAAAUGCAAUAACAGAAGAAAGAGAGGCAUAUGAAGGGUCAACUCCUAAGACAUCUCUCAAAGAUUACCUAGAGUUGUGGGAAUAUCUCCUUGACAUGGAUAAGUUAAAGGACAAAAGCCUGAUUGUAAAGCAAGUUGAGGAAUAUGAAGUCAUUCAUGGACUAUUGUAUGAUGAAAUGAUUAAAGGGAUCCUUCGUAUUAUUCAUAAACUGGAUUUGUCUUCUAGCAAGGCAUCUUCAGCACAAGAGGGAGAUGUUCUUGAUAGGAGUUCUGCCAGUGAUGCUCCUGCACCUGCUACAGAGGACAAAGAAGUGUCUCUGUCUGACCCAGUGGCAGGACUCCAACCUAAAGUGCCCAAGGACUUCAUGAUAUUCAUUAGUCUGAUAGAGUUCUGCAGGUGUGUUCUUCCCAACUAUUGUGUUGCACUAUUUGAAAGAUGGAUAAACAUGUUUUGCAGAGACAUCAUUAUCAUGUCUUCAAGGUUCCCUGUAGUCAGUGGAUUCUACAAGUUGUUGGAAGUUUGCAUGAAGAUGUGUGAAAAAUUGUCUUUCUUCAAGAAUAUUAAGGCAGAAAAACCAGAUCUAAGGAGUAAAGACCUAAAUCUUGAAAUUGUAGAUACUUCAGACUGUAUGACAUGCUUUGUUCUCUUCCACAAGUUCACAAAAGAGGUUCUUGUAAGAAUGCAGCAGUAUAAGGAUGAUCUGCUGGUUUCGUGUUUAAGGCUUGUUCUCUCACUCCCUUUGGAAUUAGUCAGACUUGAUGUUGUCUCCUCGGUGGCAGCAUUAAAGCUUACCUUUAAGCUUGGUUUGAGCUACACCCCCUUGGCUCAAGCUGGUCUGAAUGCCUUAGAGAACUGGACUAUGGCCCUUCCUGCCGAUGAACUGAAGCCGUAUCUUGGUGAAAUCUUGCAGUGUUUGGAUAGCUACCUCAAGACAUCAGGUGACAUCCAGUUACAUGAUGACCGCAACACAAUUGUACUCACUACAUCAUCCAACCGUAAUUCACGAGGCAGGAAACUUCCACUCAAACUUUUAAAAAUGAAACCACAAUCACAGCAUCACAUGACAUCGACUCCUGUGGCAAAGGUUCGUCACAGGAUUCUGAGGAUGUUUGGUGGCUUAGGAGGUGAAACAAACAUUUUGCUCCUUGACGACAUGGAAAGAAAUCCUUCCAAUGCAGUGGUUUGGGACACUGAAAACCAUCUAACAUUUGCUGUUCCUUUUCAAGACAUGAAGCCCAGUAUUUAUUUAGAUCCUUUCUUACCAAGGGUGGUAGAGCUUGCGACAAAAUCAAGUGAUAGGCAAACAAAGGUUGCAGCGUGCGAAUGUCUUCACUCUCUUGUGCUCUACAUGCUUGGUAGAAGUGUGACUCAGCCCCAAGGGUUCAAGAAAAGUCCUAUGGAAAAGUUGUGGAAGCAUGUGUUUCCUACACUACUGCAGCUGGCAUGUGAUGUAGAACAGGUGUCAGAGCAGCUUUUCAAGCCAUUAGUUUUCCAGCUGAUACACUGGUUUACCAACAACAGAAAAUAUGAGAGUCCUGAGACAAUGGCUCUGUUAGAUGCAAUGCUGGAUGGCGUAGUUCAUCAUGUGGAUGCUUCCCUGCGUGACUUCAGUGCACAGUGUAUAAGGGAAUUCCUGCAGUGGUCCAUUAAGCAGACAAGUGGAAAGCAAUCAGAGAAAAGUCCAAUUAAUAUCAAGUCAUUGUUAAAGCGCCUCUACAGUCUUGCUCUCCAUCCUAGUGCAUCAAAGAGACUUGGUGCAGCCUUGACAUUUAAUAAUAUCUACACAGUUUUUAGGGAAGAGUCUUCAUUGGUGGACAUUUUUGCUCUGGAAAUGCUUGUAAAUUACUUGGAAUGUUUGUGUCUGUCACACAGUGAUGAACAGGCUAAAGGCACCCAGGAACAGUGUGUUCAAGUAAUCGUACACCUUGAAAGGAUAAUUCACUUCAGAGCACAUUUGCUAAUCAAGGAAAACCAUCGCAGAAGAAUUCCCAAGGGAUUUGGAUCUCAAAGUUCCAUAACAUUAAUUCAUAUGAUUCCCUGGCUAGUCAAGCAAUGUGGAAGACCAAGUUCAGAGAGCCGACAUCAAUGUAUGAGACUUAUUUGCAAGUUAGCACCACUCUUGCCAGAUAUAAACUCUGCUGCUGACUGGAUGAAAAGAACUCAUGAAGACCAUCCAUCCUUAUUUGUUUAUAGAUUUGAGGGAGGUGGUGGUGGACAGAAAGGUAUUCAGCAAUAUCCAACCCUAGAGCAUGUUGGUGGACAUUUUUCCUUGAAAGAGACAAUUCUUUGGUUUGAGUUUGUUUUAGCAGCUCUUGACUGCUACACAUGGAGCUUCAGUGAGCAUCUUCUAUCACCAAGCUGGGUCUUCAUUUCACCAAAGGAUGAUAAAAUGCCCAGUGUUCUUUUCAUAUCGUUGAAGUUCUUUUUGUCUCGUCUGGCAAUGUUUGGGAUUACAGCAGCCACCAGUUGUUUCACAGCAGGUCCAUCAAGGGGCUUGGGGGACAUUUUUACACCCAGAGAGAUAGAUGACUAUUUCAGGGCUAAGUGCAUAGUGAUAGUAAGGGUCAUAAAUUUUGUUACCGUACUUCUCCAGGACUUUCCCCAGGAAACUUUAAAGACAUUUCCUCUUGAGUUUUGGAGUGAGGACCUGUUUGAGGUUUUACUUAGCUGUGUCUUGGAACCAGGAGUGGUUGGAUUUCACAUGGGAGAUGUUGAAGUUGUUGAGAAGUUACCAGAACAGACUGGUGCUUUGUGUAAGCUGUUGGCCCAAAGGCUUUCAGGAGAGAGUUUGAAAAGAUUUAAAGGAACCCUUGAAAAGAAGAUUGCAUUGGGAAGUCACUGCAAUCUGUUUGAUCAACUUCCAUUUCCACUGAGUGGUCUGCAAGAAUGCCAUGUUGAUCAUCUGAGAUUGGCUUACUUGGUACAAGGCCACCAACAGCUGCACUGUGCUGGCUUGCUACUACCUGCUUUAAAGGCUCAGGCUGGAAGUACAGCAGAAAAGUAUGCAGUAAAACUUUUCACAGCAGUGUAUGACAGUGUUAAACUGUCUGUGAAUGGCAGUCUCCAGACAGUCGUUCUUGCUCCAGCUUCUCAGCAACUUGCCUCUAAAUUACUGGAUUUGGCCUAUGACCUUGGUCUUCAGUUUAACUACUUGAUGGAAUGCAUUAUGAAAGACUCAACUGACAAUUCAGGGUCCUCAUGUGGGUGUGCAUUUUACAGAAUGUUUCAGACCAGUAUCAACCGUUUCUUCAUUGAAAGGGCUAACAUAUACAUGGCUAAUAUUUUAAUGAAAGCUGCCUUGUAUCCAUUUUUGGUAUUAAACCUGUUAAAUGGGAUUCUUGAUCAACUUAUUAGAGACAAAAUCCUGAGGACAAGGAAUGGCUCAUCUUUUGUUGCUGCAUUAUUGAACAAUUGGACCAGUUUUGAAAUCUUUUGGAAGACACUCUCUGCUAUGGACCUCAGGCAUUCCAUCCUGAUGAUUCUGAAAAAGAUGUUAAUUCUAGAUUCAGCGAAAGUUACAGACUGCAGCAGAUCAACAUUUCCUGGCCUGUUUGAGAUGUACCUGUUGUAUUUGAAAGAUAAGUCUACAACUCCUGCAUUCAAGGGGCAGGUGCUAGAGCUCUUACCAUACUUUACCAAGUCUACUGAAGAAUAUCUGAGAAGACUUAAGGAAGGGCUGAACACUUUUGUUACCAACAGUAUUCCACUGAAGUCAACAGAGUUCGUAAAAGGAGGUCCCCAAUAUAAUGAUUACAUACAGACAAUAGAUAAGCUUCUUGCAGCAUUUGUAGAUUCCCGAAGCCUGAUUCUGCUUGAGGUAUUGAUCUCUAUUUUAUGCCGUGAACGACAGCAUGUUCACGAAGAUCAAAUUCAGAAGUCCUUUACAGCUUUCAUUAAAAGAUUGCAUCCUGCACCUGAUCAAGCUAAAGCAGCUAUGGAUGCAUGCCUUUCCAUAUUUUUUAAUGAACGAGACUAUCAAACACAGUCUCGUCGAGCUGUGAUUGAAAGGAUCUGCAUUACAUUCCUUCUUAAAACAUCGGCAACCGCAAGGAAAGCAUUCUAUCAAGAUCAGAUUACGAAAUUGAUGUCUGUGUUAGAGGCCAAGGAACUUAAGCCAACAGACCCAAACUUCGAAUCUCAAGUGACAUCCAAAUUGUGCUGUUUUAAGCUGGUAGAGAUACUGUAUUCUCAGUUUUCUAAAUCUGAGCUGAACACAUUAGAGUCCACAAUAAACAAAGCAUAUGUCGGGGGAGACGUCAAAACAGGAAAAGAAUUAACAUUGGCCGUUACAAAAGCAGCUCGUGCGGCUUCGAUAGAGGACAUGCGUGGUGAGACUGUUGCCCUUGAACUACGGAGACAAUUACAUUGUGCGGCUUAUAAUACCUUGGUUUCUCUUAUAUGCUGUACACAAACAGACCUGAAGUUUUAUGUUGCAUUUCUUUUCUCUGAAAAUCCAGUCAAGGGUCAGUUAUUACUAGAUAAUUUGGUGGAUUGCAACAGGACCUACACAUUUGAAGUGGAACUCUCAGCUCCAUUAGAGAGAAGAAAACAAUUCAGAAUGCAGGCACGAAUUCCUUCUCCAAGGGAAAAUAGUCAAGAAGAUUCAGCUGGAAGAACAGGGCUCUCUACACACUACAUGUCUUCACAGUAUUUAGCAGACAGCAGUCUUAGUGAAGAUAUCAGUCAGUAUGAUUUCUCUACACCAAUACAGGCUCUAUCCGCAACUGGAGUGAGGCAAGCUUUGUACAAGUCAAAUGGGAGCAGUUCAACUGCAGAGCAGACGGAUGACCGGUGUGAAGUCAGUGAGGAUACGUUGGAGAUGGAUGAUUUGAACAGGCACGAGUGUAUGGCAAAAUUGAGUUCCUUGUUGAAGCACCUCGUAGACAAGAGAAUUUCACCCAAUCAGCCCAAGGAUGUACCUCCGACAGACAUGGCAGCAUGGAUGGCUCCAUUACACAAGAAAAUGACAUCAUUAAGUACCCACCUUAACAUUCGACUCUUCAUUGCCAAGCUUAUUAUUAAUGAGGCCAAGAUAUUUGAAGCCUAUGCAAAGUUCUGGCUUAAUCCUUUAAUGGAGCUAAUCCUGCAAAUGAAAGAGACAGAACCGGCAGGUAUAGAAGGCAUCAAUUACUUCAUUGUGGAUCUUGUAGUCACUCUGUUGUCGUGGAGUACGACAGCAAUACCAGAGGAUAGUGACAGUGAUCGUCACCUCACCAGCAGACUUCUCGGGUUUCUGAUGUCUAGAACUCGACACAGGCAUCGCGCUUUAUUCAGGAACAACUUGGAAAUAGUGAAAUGUGUUGUGGAAAUCUGGAAGAGCAUUCUUCAUGUGCCUACAGAGGUGAUAUUUCACUCGUUUUCUGAUCCUGACCCGGUGAAAAAGGACAAUGCUGUUGGUAUUCAGUUACUUGGAGUAGUUGUUGCAAAUGGUUUACUCCCUGUUACUAGUGACUCCACAGUUGAUGAAGACAGGUUUUAUAAUAUUCUCGUCAACAACUUAACUUUCAAAUACAAAGAUGUCCAUGCUGCAGCAGCUGAAGUGAUUGGACUGCUGAUGAUGCAGUUAGCAAAUGUGAAAAAGAUAUUUGAUGGUCCACUGCAUGACAUGGUCAGUCAGAAGCUUCUGUCUUUAGUUAAUACAGCCAAACCUGAGCAUGACAAGUUCAUCAUUUGUGUGCAUAAACUGCAAUUAAACUAUCCACCCAUUGUGGACAGAUUCGUGAAUCAGAUUUUGUUUACACUACCUUCUGUUCAUGGUGAUUUCAAGACAUACUGCCUCGAGAUUCUUUGUUCAAGAGUGGAGCACAUCCCCAAGUUGUUCACAGAGCUUAAGGAAAGAGGCUUGAAAGAAAUGUUGUCUCAAAGGGAUGACGGAAUUCAGAUUGCUGUUUUGAGGAUAAUUAAACAUCUCUUAAGGAAGCUGACGAUUCCAGAACUUAAGUUAAUUUUCCCUUCAGUAAGCUCGUUUGUCUCUCAUCCGAACUUGUUGUGUAGAGAUCUGAUGUAUGACAUAUUCAUCUGGAUUUACGAUUCUUACAGAGCUGACGAAGCAUUCCAAGCUGAAGAGGGAUCGGCAGACAUUUUGGCCGUUGCCAAAGAUCACCUACUUCAGGGCCUUGCAGAUGAUAACAGAGAUCUCCAGCUAAAAUUGCGCAACUUUUGGAGUGACGAGGCUCGACUUCCAGGAACGACGCUGGAACGUUUGGUAGAAGUGCUACGAGCUUUGUACUCAACUACUUCUGAGAUUCAGUAUCUGAGCUACACUACAAACCUUAUUCUACAUCUGACGUCUCUUAGCCCAGAUUAUGGUUGUUUGAUGUUUGAACAGCCACUGUCUGAGUGUAGGUUUGAGGAGUACCAAAUAAACUAUUCCUGGCAAAAGAGAUAUCUGGCAAUGACACCCUUAUUUGCAGCAACGCAAGGUUCUUGUGGCUCUGCAAUGACUCCGACACAAGAAUCCAUGUCAGUCGAUGGUCUUCCUGGAUUAAGGGCAACACAAAAUAUACAGUUUACGCCAACUCAGGAUCAAGGAAGAUCACAAGCCUUCGAUUGGCUUAAUCCAUCCCAGGAAUCAAAUCUACAUCCAUCCCAGUCUUUUGCCUUGGCUUCAACUCAGGCCCAGUCCUUGCUACUCUUUAGUACCUCGCAGUCGCCUAAACGUGGAAAGAUGCUGAAGCCUGUUCCAGGUGACUUCGGUGGUCAAAAACUGUCGCAGGGCUCAAGUUCGCAGGACUCUUCUCAGCAAUUCCGAGACCCAAAUGAGAAGAAGGAAAUCCUUAAACUGAAAAGGCGUUUCCUUAAGGACCAAUCCCAAACGAGUACUUUCUUUGCAAAACAAGCCAUAAAAAGGAAUAAAAUCCGAGAGCAAGCCAUUGAAAGGCAGAAAGCUGCUCGUGAAGGUGCUAUUGUGAUGUAUAGGAAAUACCGUAGUGGAGACUUGCCAGACAUUCAGAUUAAAUUUUCAGAGCUUAUUGCUCCUUUGCAAGCGUUGGCACAGUGUGACAAUACUUUUGCUAAACAAUUGUUCAGCGCUCUGUUUCGAGGGGUGUUUUCAAAGAUUGAUGAAAAACUACCAGAGAGGGAAGCAGCGAGCGUUACAUCAGAUCUCAAGUCUGCUAUGAAUCACAUGUUGUCCUCCUCAACACAGUUCUUCCCUCCAUUUAUCUCAAGUAUCCAGGAUAUAUGUUUUCAUGAAUGUAAACUUAGCUCUGUGGAAUCAGCUUCUGUGAGUACAGCAUGUUUGACAAGCCUACAGCAACCUAUUGGUAUUAUGCUUCUUGAGAAACAGCUAUUGGAGAUUGAAGAUAGAGGCCAGAGCCUCAAUAAAAGAGCAAAGAUCUCUGUUGCCCCGCCCUCAGAGGUAACAACGUGUUGGAUUGAACUUUCCAAGUUGUACCGGUCUAUAGGCGACUAUGACGUACUGCGAGGUAUUUUUACUGGACACAUUGGCACCAAGGACAUUACAAGAAAAGCUAUGGAGGCUGAGGCACGAGGUGAUUAUUCCCAGGCUCUCAAACUUUACAAUGAGGCCAUUGCAACUGACGAUGUUUGGAUAAAGGAGGAACUGAGGCAGGAAGAAGAAGAUUUGUGGGAUGUUUCCAGAUUACAGUGUCUCGCUGAGCUCACUAAAUGGAAGGAAUUGGAGAAGUGUUCUGUCGAGAGCAUAGACGAUAAAAACCCACCAGAUCUUGACAAAGUUUGGAGUGACACCUUUUAUCAGGAGAAUUACCUUCCAUAUCUGAUAACAAGUAAACUGAAGCUACAGUGCCAAGGAUCUGGUGAUAUGACGGUGAAUGAAUUUUUAACCAAAGCGAUGAAAACGAGUGAGAGGGCAGCUCUGUUGCAAAGUCGUCACAGUGAUAGCCUAGCUCUGAUGUACAUUCUCCAAGAUGACUGCGACAGGGCAUCUUAUUAUGCUGCUCUCUGUGAACAGAGCUUUCUCAGUGACUGGGCGGGACUUGACUCAAAUCUUCGUAAAAGUUGCUCCAUCAAACUGCAAUCGUUGCAGAAAAUUACAGAAAUGCAAGAGUUCCUUGAAUUCUUUGUAGAAGAAGAGAAUUUUUCAAGUGCUAUGCCGGUGUUGUCAUUGCUGAAUAAGUGGUCUUCGAGGUUGCCUCAUCCAAGACUCCAUCCAAUCGGUGUCUGGGAAGAUGUUGUUACGAACAGAGUUCUAUUCAUGUACAAAUUCUUGCAGAAAUUUGAGGCAGUAGGAGCGGAAGAAAGGUCUGGAAUUUGUUUAGAUGAUAUAAAAGACAAAUUUUUACAGCAAGAAGUCGAGCUAAAGCUGCGCAUGGCAAACGCUGCUAAAGAGCAGGGAAAUUAUACAGUGGCACACAGAUGUCUCAAGGAGGCACUCAACAAGAUUCCUCAGGGAAAUGAAAACCUAAACUUCAGUUGGUCCCACACUUAUGCUGAAGUAAAUCUCAGAAAAAUACAAACACUGACAGCCGUUGGGGCUGUGGAAACUGCUCUGUUAGUUGUGGGACAAUUAGACAAAUUCAGUGCCAGUGAAAUAUUAGAAAGUGAACCAUUGAGGGGAAUUCAGCAUCACAUCCUUAGGAGCAAGACAUUUGAUAUCUUGUGCAAAGCAAUGUUAGAUGGGGGAGUAGUAAUAGCUUCCUUGGAGAGUCAAGCGAAGAAUGCCAUGGUAAAACUUUGUAGAAUUGACGAAACUGACUCACAAAAAAAGGUCGUAAGUGAUGUGAUGAAACUAUCCUUUCUAACGCUUCAGUCUGCCAUCAAGGCUGCAAAAAAUGCUGAAGGGAAAUGCAAAAUGGCUCAAACGAGUGGUACUGUGGACGCCAUGAUGGCAAUGGUCAAUUUCUGUGAUAAUUGCCUCAGGAAAAAAGAAGAUACUGAUGCACAAGUAGAAGUCGACACAAAGCUCUUUCCUGGUAUUGUUGCACGUUAUAUGCUAAAAUCCAUGUGCUACAGUUCGGAAGAAGCCCGUCAAAAGUUUCCAAGACUUCUCCAGAUAGUUCAUAAGUACCCUGACACGCUAGAAGCCUUCGUGAAAAAAGCAACAGAUGUCCCAUGUUGGAUGUUCAUAGGCUGGAUUAAUCAAAUGAUGGCCAUAAUGGACAAGCCAGAAGGGAAAGCAGUACAUGGAAUCGUGAGUGAAAUUGCAAAAAGAUAUCCCCAGGCUCUGUGGUACUCGCUCAAGAUAAGCAGUGAGCAGUUUGUGUUUGAAAACAACAAAGAAGGAAAAGCUAGCGAAGAGGCUGUCAAAAGGCUUCGAUCGUCACUUGAACAUCCUCUGCUUGAUGACUUCAUAGAAGCAUUAGAGAUGCUUACCAACCCAGAGAUGGUGUUCCGGGAAUGGUGCGAGGGGCCUAUGAAGCAGUUGUUAGAGGACGAGAUCAAGAGAAACGAUUCACAAGCUGUCAAACUGUGCUUUGGAGCCAUGUUUCAGCUUCUGAUGGACAGUAGGACAAGGACAAAAAGUGGCUCGCAAACACGAGGCACCGAGUUGGGACCGUUUAGAAAAAAGUUUGCAAAGGAAUUUGCAAGCGAGGUGCAGGGGAUCUUUGGAAAAGAGGGCGAAAAACUUGUUGGCGUUAAGACGACGGACUUUUCAAAGUGGUGUAAAGAUAUUCUGCAGAAAAUGGACAAACACAGGCAUCGGACCCCUCCCCCAGGAAAUUUAAAGGAGUACUCCCCUUGGUUAUCUCGCUUUCAGGCAACUGACUUUGCGCAUGCUCUGGAGAUACCUGGUCAGUACAAGGGCAAGACGAAGCCGCUUCCUGAGUAUCAUGUAAAGAUUGUGGGGUUUGACGAAAAGAUUUUGGUGUUAAAGUCAAUUCGCAAGCCUAAGCGCCUGGUUAUAAGAGGGGAUGAUGAAAAAGAUCACAUGUUUUUGGUGAAAGGAGGGGAGGACUUAAGACUUGAUCAAAGGAUUGAACAACUCUUUGGACUCAUGAAUGACAUCAUGGCGAACGAUCCCGUGUGCAGUCAGAGGGGUCUAAAGCUCAGGACAUACCAAGUUAUUCCCAUGACUCCUCGGGUUGGCUUAAUUGAGUGGAUGAAUAAUACCAAGCCACUCAAAGAAGUGUUGAUUAGUGCCAUGACCAAAGCUGAAUGUGAUCACUACAUGGGAACGAAUGGUGCAGAUGCUUGUUACAGAAACUGGAUUGAAAAGUUUAAAGGAGAUCCUCGGAAUCCUUCGCGAUUCUACGGCGAAAUGUUCAAGAAAGCGAAUCGCACAGAAACUGAAAGAAGCUUCACGCAGAAACAAGCUUUGGUGCCCUGGGAUCUUCUCAGGCGUGCCUUUUUGCAACUCGCUGUCUCCCCUGAAGCAUUUUUUAUCCUAAGGUCGCACUUUGCAAGCUCACAUGCCUGUUUGUGCAUUUGCCAGUACAUUCUGGGUAUCGGAGACCGUCAUUUGUCAAACUUCUUAGUUGACAUGGAAACCGGAAGGAUGAUUGGCAUCGAUUUUGGUCACGCCUUUGGCUCAGCAACACAGUUCCAACCUCUGCCAGAAUUGAUGCCUUUUCGAUUGACUCAGCAAUUUAUCAAUCUAAUGCUGCCAUUACAGAAAAGCGGAACUUUGCAGAGCGUAAUGAUUCAUACACUAAGGGCCCUCAGAAGUAACCAUGAUUUGCUCUUGGACACUAUGGAUGUCUUCAUUCAGGAACCUUCUCUUGAUUGGCAGGUGUAUGCUCGCAAACAAGCUAAGACUCAAGGAAUCAAUACAGACGAGCAGAAUGCAGAUUGGUACCCAAAACAGAAAGUGCACAGUGCAUGGAAGAAGUUGGAAGGAUUUAACCCUGCAUAUGUUAUGAGGGAAGAUCUUCUGUUGGGGCACUCGAAACAAUCUUGGUAUAAGCAAAUGGAAUCUGUGUGUCUUGGAGACAGGAAUGCCAAUGUAAGAGCUCGUGAACCUGAAAGUGGUUUGUCAGUGGAGUCUCAAGUGUUGUGUUUGAUAGAUCAAGCCACGGAUGCUAAUAUACUCGGACGAACUUGGCAAGGCUGGGAACCAUGGAUGUGACUCUGUCAUGGUCAACGCUAGGAUCAUGAAACUCUUACAUUAUUUUAUGUUCGAGUUGCAGUUUGACGAGCCAAUAAUCAUGAAGACUUUAAGACGUAAUGGUCAGAAAUUUAGUUUUUUUGUUAUCUGAAUAGUAUUAAAAUAAAGUGAUUAAGUCUACUAAUGACAUUCAAGUUUAA